AUGCCCCGAUGUUAUGCCCUUUGUCUGCCUCAGUGCUGUCCAUUCCAAUCCACCCCACCGAAUCCAAUCCAGGGUCUAUCGGAUAAGAUUCUCGAGUCGGAGCUCUCAUAUGUGCCUCUAGCUGACCGAGUCAACGCUAUCAACGGGCUGCUGCAAAAGAGAGCGCUUCAGCUGUUCAAAUCAGGUGACACGCUCCUGUACAAGCACGUCAGCCAAGACCAAGCUGUGCGGUUCAAGGGUUUGAGCCCAGAAGAUCUUCUGUUGUAUCAAGCCAUCAAGCAAGCAGGCAAUGCAGGCAUCUGGACGCGCGACAUGAAGACUCGCACCAACCUGCAGCAUUCUUCCUUUCCUCCUUGUGGCCUCCCCUCCCAUCUGCCUGUCAGAAUGUAUUUGCUGUCUAGCCUGCAGUGGGGCAUCUGGACGCGGGACAUGAAGACUCGCACCAACCUGCAGCAUUCUUCCUUUCCUCCUUGUGGCCUCCCCUCCCAUCUGCCCUCUUUUCUGCUCCCCCUGACAGGCAUCUGGACGCGCGACAUGAAGACUCGCACCAACCUGCAGCAGCCGCAGAUCACCAAGAUCAUAAAAACACUGGAGGGCAGGAAGCUGAUCAAGGCAGUCAAGUCUGUUAAUAACAAGAGUCGCAAGCUCUACAUGCUAUAUGAGCUCGAGCCGUCCCGGGAGGUGACAGGAGGCGCGUGGUACACCGAUGCGGAGUUUGAUGCCGAGUUUAUUUCGGCUUUGAGGCAGCUGUGCCUGACGCACAUUGUCAAGCUGGCUUUAAGGCAGCUGUGCCUUAAGGCUGGUGCGUUGUGCACAAUGGCUAUGCGUUUACUGUUUGUUCGUACGUGGUGCUGUUUGUAUGGCCCUGCGUCCCUCUUUCUCAUUGUGGCGACCGGCUUUCUCCCUCUUCCCUGUCUGCGGGCAGGGAGGGAAUACUCCCGAAGGGGUGGUGGAGGCAGUGAGAAGGGCUGCCAGUGGGGUGGGAGGGGAUACGCUCGAAGUGGUGGUGGAGGCCGUGAGGAGUGCCGACAGCGGGAGCAAACUCUUAUGUCCUUCCCUUUCUCCUUCCCCGCACCCCCCAUUGUGCAGAGAGGGAAUACUCCCGAAGGGGUGGUGGAGGCCGGAGGCGAUACGCUCGAAGGAGUGGUGGAGGCCGUGAGGAGGGCUGGCAGUGGGGGUCGAGAGGACCUGAGAAUGGAAGAUUUUAGACAGGUCAUCAGCACACUUGUCUUUGAUCGCGAGCUAGACGUGUUCAUCAGCACCGGCUCUGGCAAGGACUCGCGGUUCCCCGUGGGUGAUGCGGAGAGAGAGCAGUACGAGAGCUUCGCUGAUUUAUACGCGAUUAUAAAGACUACCGAGAAGCUCGAAAAGGCGUACGUCCGCGAUUUGAUCUCCCCCGCGGAUUACGAGCCCGCUUGCGCAAAGCUGAUUGGUCAGUUUCGGACGCUUCGCACCGCGCUGCAGAGCGCCGUACCCGAUAUAGAGCGAUUCAUGACAACUUACAAGAUGGACUGUCCUGCAGCGAAGAACAGGCUGCUGGUGGCCGGGGUUCCGGCAACGGUGGAGCAUAAAUCUGCUACGGUGGAGAGCGGUAGUGCGACUGUAGCGGUGGCCGAGACGGUGCAACACUUUAUAACGGCUAUGGACACUGUCAAGCUCAAUAUGCUCGCCGUAGAUCAGGUGCAUCCACUGCUCUCGCUGCUGCUCAACUCCCUCUGCAGUGUGCCCUCGUUACCUGCUGAAUUCGAAGGCCGCACCAAGGUCAGGGACUGGCUUGUGCGACUUAAUGGCAUGGCUGCUAGCGAUGAGCUUUCGGAGGAACAGGCCAGACAGCUAAGCUUUGACCUUGAGUCGUCGUAUUCUGUGUUCAUGCAAUCACUGGGAAUAAAGAACUGA